AUGUCAUGUAUACACCUCGUCAACACCGCGCUCCUGAGCAUCCCGCAGACCAACCCCUCAGUUCAAUGCGACAUCGCCAACAAGAUCAUAUAUCGCAAAAACGGCGCGUCGCAAGUCUCCAUCGUCUCGGGCGGCGGCUCAGGCCAUGAACCCAGUUUCGCGUCGUUCGUAGGCGCCGGUCUUCUUUCCGGCGCUGUUGCAGGCACAAUAUUUGCGUCGCCGAGUGCCGAGCAAGUGCGGCGAUGUAUAUUGCACCGCGUGCAGAAAGACAAGGGCGUCUUGGUCGUGGUUAUGAACUAUACGGGUGAUGUUCUGAAUUUUGGUAUGGCGGUUGAAAAGGCGCGAGCUGCGGGGAUCGAGGUGGAUAUGGUUGUUGUUGGGGACGAUGCUGGUGUCGGGAGAGCGAAAGGAGGAAAGGUGGGAAGGAGAGGUAUUGCGGGGACGGUUUUGGUGCAUAAGAUUGCUGGAGCGCUGGCUGCAAAAGGGGCAAACCUUAAGGAAGUAACGCGCAUUGCACAACUCGUUGCGGACAACACCGUCUCAAUCGGAUCUUCGCUUUCGCACGUGCACGUCCCCGGACGUCGGGAGCCCGAAGAUGAUGAACUGAAAGAGGGUGAGGUCGAGAUCGGAAUGGGUAUCCACAACGAAGCAGGUUCUGAGCGUAAGAAGACAGACCUACCUGGACUCGUUAAAACGAUGUUGUCGCACUCCCUCAACACCGCAGAUCAGGAUCGCAGCUUUUCCAAGAUCACCGAAAAAGAUGAAGUGAUACUGCUCGUGAACAACCUCGGUGGAGUCAGUCCUCUCGAACUGGGUGGUAUCACCAACGAGGUCGUGGAGCAGCUGGCAAGCGAGUUCAAGAUCAAGCCUGUCAGAAUACUGGCUGGUACAUUCAUGACAAGCUUGAACGGUCUAGGUUUCAGCAUCAGUCUCCUAAGAGUAGCGGACACUGGAUCUGCAGGAGCUUCGAUGUUGGAACUGCUGGAUGCGCCGACAGAAGCGUGUGGUUGGUCUGCAGCCAUCAGCACGAGCACGUGGGCGAAACGAGGAGAGGUGAAGCAACAAGAAGAUCAGAUGGCUGCAGACGAGGUUCAGCCAAGUAACCUUAGAGUAGAGCCUGACGUCACGAGGUACGAUACGAUCGUCGGGGAUGGCGAUUGCGGCAUAGGACUGAAGCGCGGCGCGGAAUCAAUUCUGAAGAUGCUUGAGACGGCAAAGGAGACGGAUGAUCUUCUGAUUCUGGUGAACAACAUCAUUCAGGUCGUCGAAGUUUCCAUGGAUGGUACAUCUGGUGCCAUUUAUGCUAUUUUUCUGAACGCACUGGCCCAUGGUUUGCGACAAAAUGCGCCUAGUUCGCCCCAACCGGUCACGCCUCAAAUUUGGGCGAAAGCCCUUGAGUCAUCGCUGCAGUCGCUGGGAAAGUACACGCCAGCUCAACCCGGAGAUCGGACCUUGAUAGACGCGCUGUACCCAUUCGUUCAGACGCUGUCCAAAACAGGCAGUAUCGAUGAGGCAGCGAAAGCGGCACAACAGGGAUCGAAGGGUACCAAAGGAAUGAAAGCCAGUCUCGGAAGAACUGUCUACGUUGGUGGUGUAGGUUUCCAAGAGGUGCCAGAUCCCGGUGCACAUGGGCUCGCAGAACUGUUGCUGGGUUUGAGCGAAGGUCUGAAGAAGUGA